AUGGGCCUAAUCGGUGAAAUAAAAUUUCGGUUUACUCUGGCCAAAGUUGCUACUAAGAUUGCUAAGGAUAACAAAGUGUUUAAUGAUAACGAGCAUAAAGGGGUACUUGAAGUAGCACAUUCAAUGGUUGAAGAGCUAGAAAAUUCCAUAAAGAUUCAACCUCAAAGUGUUGAUGUGUUAGUCAGCGAAUGGAUGGGAUACUGCCUUCUAUACGAGUCAAUGCUCACCUCCGUGCUCUAUGCAAGAGAUCGGUGGUUGAAACCUGGAGGUGCAAUCCUCCCUGACACAGCUACAAUGUUUGUAGCUGGAUUUGGCAAAGGCGCCACAAGUCUUCCUUUCUGGGAAGAUGUCUAUGGCUUUGACAUGUCUUCAAUUGGUAAGGAGAUUCUUGAAGAUACUACUCGGAUUCCUGUUGUUGACGUUAUAGAGGGGCGUGAUUUAGUGACUGGACCUGCCCUUCUCAAGGCAUUUGACCUGGCUACCAUGAAGCCGGAUGAAGUAGAUUUCACAGAAACAGCAACGCUUGAGCCCAUUGAGUCAGAAACAGAAGCCAAGUUGUGCCACGGUGUUGUGUUGUGGUUUGACACAGGUUUCACCGAUAGGUUCUGCAAGGAAAACCCAACCUUGCUGUCAACAUCACCCUACACUCCUCCAACACACUGGGCGCAGACGGUCUUGACGUUUCAAGAACCAAUCUCAUUGGCACCGGACACGGUUCUGGCUGGUGCUGACAGAAGUGGAGCUAUUGGAACUGAAGAAAGUCCUGCCUCGAGCAUCCAUCUGCGUGUGAGUGUUGCACGAGCGUCUGAGCAUCGUAGCAUUGAUGUCUCGUUAGAGGCUACAGGGGUGAGCUCAAAGGGUCAGAAGCGUAGAUGGCCAGUUCAGAUAUUUAAUCUAUGAAUGUGAUUGUAACCAAUUGUAGGACUCAUUUUCUCAAUUUUUGAUCUGAAACAAGGAUAUGGAUUAACUUCCUUUUUUAUUAUUGAGGGUAAAAGAAUUUUUGUUUUA